AAAGAAAUCAUUUCUAAUUUUCUUUUAUAUAUUUCAAAGCCAAACAUUGCAUGAGGAGAUGCCAUUCAUCAUGCAGAUUUAGUUAAAAUGAGAGUGAGCCCCCCCAUGCUUUUCUUGCCUGCGCACUCGUUAAACCUUCAAACCCAUCUCCUUCUUCCCUUUCUUUUUCUCAAGUAACACCAUUUGCAAAACAGUUUUGUUUUGAAGCUGCUCAUUGCUCUUUCUCUCACCACCAGCCACCCCUCUCUCUCUCUCUCUCUCUCUUUUUUUUUUUUGUUUUUUUGAAAUCCCAUGGAAUGAGCUUUGGAUCAAUAGAAAAUUGUAAGACCCCCUUGUUGGGAUGACCUGAAUUUGAAAAGGCGGCAUACAGCAGAUGAGGAUGCCAAAAUACUCGCAUGUGUAUCAAAGCAUGGAACGGGUAAUUGGACCGGUCCCAAAAAAAGAAGGUCUUAGGAGAUGUGGGAAAAGUUGCAGGCUUAGGUGGACUAAUUACCUGAGGUCUGAUCUCAAGCAUGGCAACUUCACACCCCAAGAGGAAGAAUUGAUCAUUAGGCUUCAUGCAGCUAUAGGUAGCAGGUGGUCUAUAAUAGCCCAACAACUUCCAGGAAGAACAGACAAUGAUGUGAAGAGCUAUUGGAACACUAAGCUCAGAAAGAAGCUUUCUGAAAUGGGAAUUGACCCUGUCACCCACAAACCCUUUUCUCAAAUCCUUGCGGAUUAUGGAAGCAUCGGUGGCUUCCCAAAAUCCACAACUCGAAUUGGUUCUCUGAAUAGAGAUUUGAAAAACGCAGUCAUGUUUAAAACAGAACAAACUUCAGUCCCAGCACAAGGAUUUUCAGGCACCAACACUCAUUUGAUGGCACCAGGAGUAUCACCAAAAGUGGAACCCAACCAAGAGAGCUUACUGAACAGCAAUAAGAUCCCCCAUUUCCUCUGCCAACACUGCGAAACUAACGAUGACCACUCGAUGGAUCUUCUAGCUGAACUCCAAACCAUAACAGUGGUUAAAGAGUCCUCAAAAUCCACCAAGCAUGAACCUCCCACACCCCAUUUUGUCAAUGAAGGCUCUUUGAUGUCAUCGCCAUCGUCAUCCUCUUCUUCUACCUGCUGUACUGCAGCACAAGAUAAACUGCCUCUAAGCUUCAGUUGGCAAGAUUUUCUUCUCGAAGAUGCAUUUUUGCCAGGUGAUCCCCAAGAACAUGAAAACAUGGCAGGAUUUUCAACCAAAGGCUACUCAUGCCAAAUGCAAAAUGUGAAAGUACAAAGUGAGCUCAACAGUGGGGGAGAACAAAACUUUAAUGGAGUAGAAAAAAUGGCCUAUGGAGUUCAGACCAAUGGCUUCCAAGCUUCAUCAUCUUCUAGUACUUCAUUUGUUGAAGCCAUCCUUGAUCACGACAAUGAGAUGUUUAUGGAGUUCCCUAACCUUUUUGAGGAGUCAUUCUACUUCUAUUAAGUUGUUGUUGGAUUCAUAGGAUUAUAAAAAAGCUAAUAGCGAUCCAUAUCAAAGCCUGUAAUAAAUUUAGAAUGAUGAUGAUUACAUUGGGCUUGUUAUUCUCAUCCCUUUACUUACAUACC